CGGGAACACUCUUCAUCUUUCUCCUUCCUCGCUUCAUCGUCCGGGUGGGCUCAAAACCCACACUGUCCACCCUCACUCAUUCAUCCACUCUCAGGCUCCCUCGCAUGGCUGUUGGCUGCUGCCAUCUCUAGUCUCCGGGUUCAGUCAGAAGGCGAGGACUCUCGGAGAUAUGGACCGGCUCAGGGGCUGCUCUGCUGCCCGGGUGAAAAAGCUGCUGCUGCUGCUGCUCCUCAUCGCUUUGCACGCCGCCGCGACGCAAGCGGCCAAUCUGAUCAAUGUCCUGCGCUCACUGGAGCUGUCUGACCACAUGGAGGGCGUGUCUGUGGAGGUGGGGCUGUGCCCCCGCAGGAAGGACUCAGAAGGAGCAGACAUGGCAUUCAGGAUAGACAAAAAGAUUCAGCUCAGUGCUCCCACCAAGCAGCUCUUCCCAGCAGACUCUGCUUUCCCUGAAGACUUCUCCCUGAUGACCACAGUGCGGGCUAAGAAGAACACGCAGUUCUUUUUGCUGUCUAUGUACGAUGAGCAUGGUGUGCAGCAGCUGGGUCUGGAACUGGGCCGAUCUCCAGUGUUCCUCUAUGAAGACCACAAGGGUCAGCCCACCCCUGACCUCUACCCCAUCUUCAAGAAGAUCAACUUGGCAGAUGGAAAGUGGCACAGGAUAGCAUACAGUGUGACGGGCAAGUCAGUCACGCUGUAUCUGGACUGCAAGAAGGUCCAGACUGUGGAGCUGCUGCGUGGGGACAGACCUGUGGUCAGCACGGACGGGGUCACAGUGUUUGGGACACGACUGCUGGACGAGGAGGUGUUUGAGGGAGAGAUCCAGCAGCUGCUGAUUGUGGCGGACCCCCAGGCAGCAGCUGAUUACUGUCUACGUUAUAUCCCAGAUUGUGACUCCUCUCUUCCUUAUAGCACCCAGAACUACGAUCCUGAGGAGACCACACCCCUUAAGGUUGAGGACACGAUGCAAGGUGACGAACCAGAGGCGCCAAAGAAACGCUCAAAAAAAGACAGGAAGGGCAAAAAGAACAAAAAGAAGAGGAACCGAGGGAAGAAAGGGGAAAAGAAGGAGUCCCGGAAGAAGAGAAAAGAGGUGGAGACUUUGGAGGAAGGCUUUCUCGAGGUGUCCACCAAUCUGCCUGAGUAUUUGAUUCGAGGGGUCACCCACGUAGCUUCAUCACCUGCAACAGAAUGGCCGACUGCAGCUGUGGAAACUCCGGCUAUCACCAUUAACCAGAUGGACUUAAUCCCUGAGAUGCCUACUCAUGAGCCAGACUCCAUAAUGACCCUUCCCACUUCGUUGUCUGACAACCCUGAGGACCCCACUGUAGCACUAACUGCAUUGCCCCAGUCUCCACAGACUGAGGUGGAGGAGGAAAGGCCUGUGAAUAAGCCAGAGGUGGAGGAGUAUGCCAAGAAUGUCUACAGCAACACGUAUGAUGACCUGUCCGUCUCCACGGUAACGGUUGCCACUAAUAUCAGCGAAUAUGAGCUCAUCGAAUAUGAUGACUUCAAGAAUGGUACUGAGAGUUCAGAGCUGGAGUAUGAAGAGUAUGAGGUUGAUGAGGAUCGUUAUGGACCAGCCAAGAGAGAGAGGGCAAGGACCUGGAACGGGCAGGAAAAUCAUGGCUUUGAGAAAGGCGAGAAGGGAGAGCCAGCCGUCAUUGAACCAGGCACAGUGUUUGAGGGACCUCCUGGGCCUCCAGGACCAGCGGGUCUUCCGGGCCUUCUUGGAGUAGCAGGCCCACUAGGUCCCAUGGGAGACCCAGGUGAUGUGGGACCUGAGGGGCGGCCAGGCCUUGCAGGUGCUGAUGGGAUACCAGGACCUCCAGGCACGCUGCUGAUGUUACCAUUUCAGUAUGGUGGUGAUUCUCAGAAGGGCCCUGUGGUGUCGGCUCAAGAAGCCCAGGCUCAAGCCAUCUUACAGCAAGCCAAACUCUCCCUGAAGGGACCCCCAGGACCUUUAGGCCUCACAGGCAGACCGGGACCAUUGGGUCUGCCGGGUCCUAGUGGUCUUAAAGGAGACGCAGGUGAUUCUGGACCUCAGGGUCCACGUGGGUUGCCAGGCCCUCCAGGUCUAAUUGGGAAACCAGGCAAAAGGGGUCGUUCAGGGACAGAUGGAGGUCGAGGAGCUCCAGGAGAGACAGGCGCAAAGGGUGACAGAGGCUUUGAUGGACUACCAGGGCUUCCAGGGAACAAAGGACACAGAGGGGAUAGAGGAAAACCAGGCCCGCUGGGACCCGUUGGAGAGCCUGGUGAGAAGGGUGCAGAUGGACCUGUUGGACCAAGAGGGCAACCAGGUGAACCUGGGCCCAGGGGACUUGUGGGGCCGAGAGGACCAGCCGGACCACCCGGACAGCCUGGCGUUCAAGGUGUGGAUGGAGUUCAAGGAUUAAAAGGCAACCAGGGACCACCAGGCGAAGCUGGUCCUCCAGGACAACAAGGAAAUCCAGGCUUACAGGGAUUCCCAGGUCCACAGGGUCCUAUCGGCCUGCCUGGAGAAAAGGGUCCUCAGGGGAAGAGUGGAAUGCAGGGGCUUCCUGGGAUAGAUGGUCCUCCAGGUCAUCCAGGAAGAGAGGGGCCCUCAGGAGAGAAGGGGCUCCAGGGAUUAGUUGGAGCACAGGGACCAAUUGGAUACCCAGGACCCCGCGGAGUGAAGGGCGCUGAUGGGGUGAGAGGUUUGAAAGGAAGCAAAGGAGAAAAGGGCGAAGACGGCUUCCCGGGGGCCAAAGGUGAUAUGGGAACUGAUGGAGACAGAGGUGACAUUGGGCCUGCUGGACCCCGCGGUGAGGACGGACCAGAGGGGCCGAAAGGUCAGUCAGGACCUCUUGGAGAGGCUGGACCUCUAGGGAUUGCUGGAGAAAAGGGCAAACUUGGUGUUCCAGGAUUACCUGGAUAUCCGGGAAGACAAGGCUCUAAGGGAUCGGUUGGCUUUCCCGGAGUGGCAGGAGCGAACGGAGAGAAAGGGAAGAGGGGUUCCGCUGGUCAGUCUGGAGAAGCAGGUGAAAGGGGAUCAAAUGGGGCACGUGGAGGCAGAGGUGCCAGAGGAGCUACAGGAGCACCUGGGGCCAAGGGCUCCGCCGGCCACGACGGCCCACCGGGUCCCAUGGGGGACAGGGGCCCUCAAGGACUGCAGGGACAGAAUGGAGAGCCAGGACACAAGGGACCAAAUGGCCCACCAGGAAAGGAUGGAUUGCCAGGUCAUCCAGGCCAGCGAGGGGAGCCAGGGUUCCAAGGAAAGACAGGUCCACCAGGACCUGCUGGAGUGGUCGGACCACAGGGCAAAACUGGGGAAACUGGACCAACAGGUGACAGAGGCCACCCUGGGUCACCAGGACCUCCCGGCGAGCAAGGUCUUCCUGGAACUGCAGGGAAAGAAGGUGCCAAGGGUGAUCCAGGCCCUGCGGGGAUUCCCGGCAAGAGCGGCCCUGCUGGGCGCCACGGAUUCAGAGGAGACCGAGGCAUUCCUGGCGCCAUGGGUGCUGCUGGUCUGAAAGGUGAAGAAGGACCUCCGGGAGCUGCAGGAGCAAUUGGAGCCACUGGAGAGAGAGGGCCUUCUGGACCGGCUGGUGGGAUUGGUCAGCAUGGUCGUGCAGGAGCAGUAGGCCCUGCUGGACCAGCUGGGGAGAAGGGCGAACCGGGAGAAAAAGGUCCGAUAGGCCCUGCUGGGAAAGACGGGGAGCAAGGGCUCGUGGGUUUACCUGGGGCUGCUGGACCACCUGGUCCACCUGGAGAGGAUGGUGAUAAGGGGGAGACAGGAGGUCCGGGACAGAAAGGUAGCAAAGGAGACAAGGGUGAUCCGGGACCUCCAGGACCAACAGGACCCCAAGGACCUAUUGGGCAUCCUGGCUUACCAGGAGCGGAUGGUGAGCCAGGGCCACGGGGCCAGCAGGGAAUGUAUGGACAGAAGGGUGAUGAAGGACUUCGAGGAUUUGUGGGGGCCACAGGGCCAACAGGCCUUCAGGGUAUGCCAGGACCCCCGGGAGAGAAGGGAGAGAGCGGACAUGUUGGACCACUGGGACCUCCUGGACAGCCUGGUCCUCGUGGCCCCCAAGGACCUAUCGGCGGAGAGGGUGCUCAGGGAUUAGCUGGUGGAGUUGGUCAGCCUGGUGUAGUAGGAGAAAAGGGUGAAGAUGGAGAAGCAGGAAAUCCAGGAAACGUGGGUGAAUCUGGAUCCCCUGGGGAUAAAGGAGAUGUGGGGGAAAAGGGGGACACUGGACCCCCAGGGGCUUCUGGACCCCCAGGAAUUCGAGGCCAACCAGGAGAGGACGGGUCAAAAGGACACCCAGGCCCCAUUGGAUUCCCUGGGGACUCAGGACCCCCUGGAGAGCCCGGUGCAAAUGGUAUUGAUGGUGGACCAGGACCAAAGGGAGAUAGUGGAGAGGCUGGGAAAGCUGGACCACCAGGGGCAUCUGGGGAACCUGGUCCUCCAGGGCCACCAGGAAGGAGGGGCCAUGUGGGUCCUACAGGAAAGGAAGGGAAACAGGGAAAGAAGGGGUCAAAGGGUGGCCCAGGAGGAGAAGGUCUUCCUGGAAAGACAGGACCCGUGGGACCCCAAGGACAUCCUGGAAAUCCUGGUCCAGAGGGUCUUCGUGGCAUCCCAGGCCCUGCAGGAGAACAGGGCUUAAAUGGACCUCCCGGACAGACUGGACCGCCUGGGCCAAUGGGACCUGCUGGGCUGCCAGGACUGAAGGGGGAUUCGGGUCAAAAAGGAGAGAAGGGUCAUGUAGGACUGAUCGGACUCAUUGGCCCACCGGGAGACAUCGGGGAGAAGGGAGACAGAGGUUUGCCUGGAAAUCAAGGGAUACCUGGUCCCAAAGGCGACAUAGGUGUUGGUGGGGUUCCUGGUCCUACUGGCCCCCCUGGACCUCCUGGACUGUCAGGUGCAGUGGGUGAGAAGGGAUCUAAGGGAGACCAGGGAGCGGUCGGCCUCAGAGGAGAUACAGGACCUAUGGGCAUACCCGGACCUCCUGGCCCACCAGCCACCAUGAUCGAGCCUCUGCCCAUCCGGGAGGGCCGCAGGAAACGCAGGAGGAACUCGGACCGGGCGAGAGGGGGAGCCAGGGCAGCAGCAGCAGAGGAGGAGCAGGAAGAGGAAAUGCAGCUGAACAUGGAGGACUACCUACAGGCGGACGCACCACUGGAGGACGCUGAGGGAAUGGAGGAGGUGUUCGCCUCCCUCAACUCCAUGAAGAUGGAGGUGGAGCUGAUGAGGAAGCCACUAGGCACUUUCGAGAGCCCUGCACGCACCUGCAAAGAGCUGAUGAUGAGUCAACCUGAAUAUAAAGAUGGUGAAUACUGGAUCGAUCCGAACCAGGGCUGCCACAAAGACUCUAUCAAAGUGUUCUGCAACUUCACCGCAGAGGGGGAGACCUGCCUGCACCCUGAUAAACGAAUCGAAACGGUGAAGCUAGCAGCCUGGAACAAAGAGAAGCCGGGCGAUUGGUACAGCCACUACAGGAGGGGCAAACAGUUCUCCUACAUCGAUGCUGAUGGCCUCCCAGUUCCAGUGGUGCAGCUGACCUUCCUGAAGCUUCUGAGUGCCACAGGCAGGCAGACGUUCACCUACACCUGCCAGAACUCAGCCGGUUGGUACAGCUCAGAAAGCCGCAGUUACCAGCACGCCCUACGCUUCCGCGCCAGCAACGAUGAGGAAAUGACGCACGCCAAAACACCCUUCAUCAUGCCGCUGUAUGACGGCUGCCAGACGCGCAAGGGCCAGGAGAGGACAGUGCUGGAGAUCAACUCGCCGAGAUCAGAGCUGCUCCCUGUCAUAGACGUUUCCGCAUCGGACUUUGGGAGUAACAACCAGAAGUUUGGCUUUCAGCUCGGACCCGUUUGUUUCAACGGCUAGCUUUGCGGAUUAAGAGUCAAGACUGUGCCUCGCCGAUAUUUAUAUAUGUAAAGUGUAUGCUGUGGACUUGGGGCAUGUAUUUUUUUAUUUUGUAAAGUGACUCUGCAGCGUCCACUAGGACAUGCCACGUUUAGUGGUCCUAGAAAGAAACCAUCCAGGAAGCCCUCCUGGGAGAACCAAGCACAUUUAUCAAAGGGAAGUCGUCCGUGUAGACGUUUAAUUUGAUUCCUUUUUCUCCUCUGCUCACCUAUGGUGUGAAUUAUGUGACAUGACUGGCUAGAAUUAAUAGGCCCUCUACACUUGAAACUGACAUUGAAAGGCAGACGCAUCAUCUUCCAUUCGGGGCCUGCCCGUCAUCCGUGUUGCAGACACCACUUAGCCCAAGGUGCAGCGGCGGACUUUAUUGUCUGUGGGGUGGAUUGCUUGUUGUUUGUUUUAUGUGCUAGUAAUGUGAUUUUAAAUUAAUUCACCACUUGAGGCAUCACCUUCAGCGUCGAAGAGUAAAUAUUCCGUUUUUUUUUUUUUUCCUUCUCCCUUGCCUCGACUGCAGCGCCGCACCAGAGUUAUACCUCAAAACAGUUUUGACAAGGAAAUGCUGCCCGGAUCUGGUUAAUUGUUCUCGUAGAUGCUUUCUGUCACACGUCAGCCUUGCAGUGUUACUCAUCUUUAAUCAGCACGUCCUCAUAAAUGAAUGAUGUCAAACGCUGCCUACGCUUCUCGCCAAGCAGAGCAGGUUUGUGCACAGGACGAGUCACGACCAAAACGAAGAACAGAGGCUCAUUAAUGUGUAAAGUGGCCUCAUCACUUAGGUUGUUUGUCAUUUUUUUAACAGGCUGAGUCAUGUUACCCUUUCAUGGGUCCAUAUUUCCCUGGUUUUGUUUUGCUACACAAUAUACGCAUGUAUCUAGUGUUGUGAUUAGACUGCUGCACUUUGACAUUGCAAUACAUCUUGCAGUGGAGACCGCUGGAGUUUUUAAAUCACAUAAGCUGCGAUUUUCCAUCUGUCCUUUGUCCUAAAUUUACCCUUAUAACACAGAUGUUACUUGUUGACUGGCAGUUUGGCGCGCUACAUUCAGUGUUAAAGUCUGUUUGUGCUGCUCUUCAUGGUGAUAAAAAAGGCCUGAUUUGAAAGUUGAUUCAUGGAAAAUCACUUCUUAACCUGUCUUCUUAACCUAAAGGCCUUAGUUUUAAAAAAAAUGAUAUAUAGCUGUUGUCAGAAGAAAACCUUGUAUCUCCAAAAUGGUAACUUUACAGAAAAAGGAAAAAACCUACUUUGCUUUUAAUGCAAGAGAAUGGA